AUGACCACACCCAACCUCACAUUCAUCGGUCCCGAUGCACGCAACACAAUAUACAUCGAGAAUGCUCAAGGAAUGCGCACGCCUAUCUUCGCAGUCACCGCCGCAAAACACUCAAAGCCAAGCCUCUCCGUCUACCGCAUCCAUCCCAACGGUCACCAAGAACCCUUCUUCACCUCAUCCACAUCCUCCUUGACCGGCACCUCCACCAUCAACCUGAUCGACCGCUACAAUCUCAUCAAGAUCAAAGCCAGCUGGGAGUCACUGCAACUACGACGAGAGUUCCCUGGGCCAAUAGGGAAGCUGAGCUGGUUUCCUUCAGGCUCAGGAAGCGACCAGAAGCUUAAGGAUCAGAAUGGGACGGUGCUGGCAAAGUUCAAGACGAAGAUUGAUAGUGGGAGUGGGAAGGAGCCGAGGCUGGAGAUCCUGGUGCCGUGUGAUGAUUAUCUUGUGGAUGUUAUCGUGGCAACGGGGUUGACUGUGUAUAAAGAGACGGUGAAGGAGGGGGAAGCAGAUUGA